GGAGGAACGCUGAGGCGACCCUGACACCCUUUUCUGCACAUUUCGACGUUGGAUUUGUACUUUUUUGGGGGGUUAGGGGUAAAAAAAGGUCUUAACCACAAUUCAAGGUGUGUGUGUAGGCGAUGAAAUAAUUUCGUCGUGCGCCGCUGAAUCCAUCGAGAUAUGCAAGGAUAUUCUUGGCCACAUUGCCAAAUUAACAGCAUCCAUGCGAAGUGAUUCCGGUUCAGUUUAAAGGUUUGAACUGGUUUCUGGAAAGGGACCAUUGUUGUAAUCAGGUCGAGGCUGUUUUCAUCUCCACCAGCGAGCUUCACAAGUUUUUUUUUUUAUUAUUAUAAGGAGCUGCUGCGGGGAAAACAGUGCAAGCCCGGCGUGUCAUGAAAGAAAUGUCCAGCAACAUGCCUGGUGGGCAGCAGCCUCCGAAACACUACGGCAUCACCUCUGCUAUCAGCCAUGCGCCGCCACGAGAAAUCGACCACCAGUACACCAAGAAGCUCAGCGAUGCGAUGAAACCUUUCGGGGUGUUUGAAGACGAGGAUGAACUGAACCACAGACUUGCAGUUCUUGGGAAGCUGAAUAACUUUGUCAAAGAAUGGAUAGCAGAGAUAAGUGAAUCAAAGAACCUUCCACCUUCUGCAAUAAGUAACGUAGGGGGCAAGAUAUUUACGUUUGGUUCAUACCGUCUUGGAGUGCACACAAAAGGAGCUGAUAUUGACGCCUUAUGUGUGGCUCCACGUCAUGUCGAGAGAACUGACUUUUUCCAGUCUUUCUUCGAGAAGUUAAAACAGCACGAAGAAAUCAAAGACCUUAGGGCUGUGGAGGACGCUUUUGUACCAGUGAUAAAAUUCAAAUUUGACGGAAUCGAGAUUGACCUGCUGUUUGCCAGACUGGCGUUGCAGGCCAUUCCUGACAACCUGGACCUGCGGGGAGACUCCAUCCUGAGGAACUUGGACAUCCGUUGUAUCCGCAGCCUCAACGGUUGCCGGGUGACUGACGAAAUUUUGUAUCUGGUGCCAAAUAAAGAGAAUUUUAGACUGACAUUGAGAGCCAUCAAACUAUGGGCAAAACGCCGUGGGAUCUACUCCAACAUGCUGGGUUUUCUGGGUGGAGUGUCCUGGGCCAUGCUGGUGGCCAGGACCUGCCAGCUGUACCCCAACGCCGUGGCCGCCACGCUCGUCCAUAAAUUCUUCCUGGUGUUCUCCAAAUGGGAAUGGCCGAAUCCAGUGCUGUUGAAACAGCCUGAAGACAGUAAUCUGAACUUGCCAGUGUGGGAUCCUAGAGUGAACCCGUCUGACAGAUACCACCUGAUGCCCAUCAUUACGCCCGCCUACCCGCAGCAGAACUCCACGUACAACGUCUCCACGUCAACACGCACCAUCAUGAGCGAGGAGUUCAAAUACGGUCUCAGCGUCACAGACGAGAUCCUUCAGGGGAAAGCAGAAUGGUCCAAACUCUUCGAGCCACCCAACUUUUUUCAAAAGUACAAGCAUUACAUUGUUCUGACUGCCAGUGCGUCCACAGAAGAAAACCAUUUAGAAUGGAUUGGUCUGGUGGAGUCAAAGAUCCGUGUUUUGGUGGGAAAUUUGGAGAGGAACGAGUACAUCACUCUGGCCCACGUCAACCCCCAGUCCUUCCCGGGUUCCAAGGAGAACCGCAACGAGAACGACUUUGUGUCCAUGUGGUUCAUCGGGAUCAUCUUCAAGAAAGUGGAGAACGCCGAGAGCGUGAACAUUGACUUGACAUACGACAUCCAGUCUUUUACAGACACUGUGUACAGACAAGCCAACAACAUCAACAUGUUGAAGGACGGGAUGAAGAUCGAGGCGACGCAUGUGAAGAAGAAGCAGCUCCACCAGUACCUUCCUCCCGAGCUGGUGCAGAAGAAGAAGAGAAGCAUCGCAGAGCUGAACCGCAGCUCUAACGGCGGGAGCUCCAAGCGGAUCUCCCUGGACAGCAGCCACCUGGACAGCUCCAGAGACACAGACUCAGGGACUCCCUUCAGCUCCCCGACCCCGACCAGCAAACCCUCCAAGCCUGCCUCAGACACAGACGACAGCGUCAGCCCUCCAAAGCCUCUGUUUGUGGAAAGCUGCCCGCCGUCUGGUGCCUCACCAGCUGCUAAGGACCAGGGCAUGUCCAUCCCUGUCAUUGGCACAAAGCCACCGAGUGGGAACAUAAAGCCCAACGCCACCAGCAGCCCCAAAGAGGAGCCGUCGCCAAACGGCCUGGAGGGUCCCGUCAACGGAACGCCGGCCAAGAGACCGCACUCGCCCACACAGGAGGACCUGGCCAAGAGGCACAAGGAAACAGACGUGGUGUCCAGUGAUGACUCCGCAUUCAAAGAGCCAUAUCCACCAUCCUGUGACCCCCAUCCACACGGAGAUGGACCUAACAUUACUUCUCUUUCUGGAUCAAAGGCUAAGCCCAUUCCAACCAUUGAUACCUCAAGAACACAGAGACUCCCCAGUAUGGAGCUGCCGGACGCCUCCUCGCCCCUGCCAGCGAGUAACAGCUGUCGGGUGGUGAAAAAUUCAAUCAAACUGGCCCUCAACCGCCACAACAUCACCCCUCCCAAGCCCCCCGUGUUCGAGGGCUCCUUAACCACCGAGGUCCCGCCUGCCACCGAAGAAAAGGGCAUGUCCAUUCCUGUCAUUGGCUCAAAACACAUGGUGCCCAAACAUGUGGCUCCCCCUGUUGGCAACUCUAUCCCGACUUUAGUGAGCCGAGGCGCUGAUCCGUUAAACGGCGCCGCCUCCAAGAGACCCCACUCUCCCUCGCUGGAGGAGCAGGCCAAGAGGCUGAAAGAGACGGAGAAGGCCAGAAUCCACAUAGCCUGAGCGCCCAGCCGAGGAGUGAAUGGGUAAAUACAGGGACGUGCGGAGGCGGGGCUCUGCGGUGAAGCCGGUUGAGUCUGUAGUGUGAAGCAGCGGGACGGACGCCUCGCCUCACAGCUCUUACAUUCAUUUCUGUUUUGCCAACGGAUAGCUGAUCGGACCUUUCUGGGCGCAGGUGACCUCCUUCCUGUCCGCUCCCUCUGUCCCACACAUCCCAACACUGAGUUCAGACACGGAGUUAACCCGACAUGACAACUAAAACUGGUAGUUUUUAUCUCACCCUCCCCAACAGUGUUUAAAAAUGUACACAAAACAGAUGGAGAAUGAGCUCUUCUUUUCAUUUCAUUUUCUUUCUUUUUUUUUCUCCUCCUGUUAACACAUUUUAAAACAGCCUUAAACAUUUAUCCACGCUUGCUACAUACACUCCCGGACUACCCUUUUUUUUUUCUUUUUUUUUUUUUCCUUUUUUCCUUCCUUCCACCCUUCUCCCCCAAAACAGAAACCUGUACAGUAGAUCAAAAUAUUGAUGUACAUAACUUUUUUGUCUUAAAAAAAGCGAGAGAUCACUGUUAAGUCUUUUGACCAUUCUGUUGUAGUUUUUAUUAUCUAAAAAGAAAAAAAAGUUUAAAAAAUUGUAUUUUUUGUUUUUCUCUACUGCUUGUCCAAAAGAAAAAAAUGUCUCCAGCCCUGAAUAUUUUUUGUAAACACUGUAUAGGUUUGGAUACAGUUGCAGGGAGGAUUUACUGGGGGUUUGCUUGGAUAUGGCGGACAUCACAACCACGACUCUUUGGAGAACCACCACAGCCCAAAGAGGAGUCCAGGGUAACACUGGAGCUGCAGUUUCUUCCUGAUAAUCCAGAUCCUGGAAUAAAAGCAGAGUUAGAAGAAGCCCCUUUUUCAGCUUUUUUUCAGAGCAGUACUUGCAGUAUACAUUUCAUGAAAGUAAAAAUGCCUGGCUGGGAUGUCAGCUGCAUGGUCAUUUCGAGCUUAACAGGGAAGAUGAAGGGGUUUUGAAGUGACUCAUGACGUGGCAGUGACAGAUGCUCAGAAGGCUGCAGCUGGCUCAGGUGGCACAGCAGCAACGAGGCCGGGGGCAAACGCCAUCUGCAGAUACGCAUGAUGGUUUGCCUUUAACCUACUUAGAUGUCAGAUAGCUCUGCUGUGACAGGAACACGAGUCCACUGAGUGCCAGGCAGCUCAGAUAAUGACAGGAAAGUAUUUUAGAAUCAGUUUUAUAUACGUUUCUGUGGCUGACACUAUCUGGAUCGUUCUCAUUGAUAAACCCAGCCCUCUUUUUCCUUCAUGAAGGCAGAAAGAAACAGACAUUUUUUCCAAAUUCUGCUCAACCCCGAGGUCCUACAGAGAUCACCACGGCCUGAUUGUGAGUUAAUCCAGAAAUCGCGCUCCUUCCCUUUUCAACUGGUUCAGCUGAAACAGCGGCUCGGCUCGGCUCGGCUCGGCUCGGCUCGGCUCGGCUUCGGUGUGCACACGCCGAGGCCACGUCCUGGUUGUGAGCUCACCCAUGUCCAAUACUGGAUUUGUGGUGCUUCGUGAAAAUGGUUAAAAGCUUUUGAUGAAUUGUGCUUGUGUGUGUGUAUGUAUGUGUGUGUGUAUGCAUGCGUAUGUGGUUGGCUGUGUGUGUGAGUGUGUACGCAUAUGUGGUUGUGUGUUGAAGUGUUGGAGAGAGAGAGAGAGAGAGAGAGAGAGAAUUCCCUUAGUUUUGGGUGUUAACCCUCUGCGCCUCCUGUGGAGGCUCUUAAAAGGCACCUCCUGGGGUCGUGGUGGGGCCAGGAGACUCUCGCCCCAGCUCUCCACUGUCCUCCUCUGAAGCGGGGCAUCGUCCUGUAUGGAUUUCAGCACGGAGGAUUGGUACAUGCAUGUGCUGUCACACCAAACUUAAUGCUGUUGCGUCCAUGUAAAGUGCUAACGAGGUGCCCUCUUCACUGGAACAGCUCGAGGAGCGGGACACAGGGGUGCUCUUUUUUCCAGCAUCAGUUUCCCCAACUAAAUGUACAGAAAGCAUCCGUUUUUUCAAGGCUUAAUUCAUUAUUGGGGGUUUUCUUAUCACUUUAUUUAUAUUUGCAUAUUUGUACCAUGUGAUCUUUUUUUAUAGCAUUCAUAGCAGGUAGGUCUUUUUCGAAUGAAAUCUGCACCACUCUGUUUCAGACAUCUCAUGUUUUGCUGUUCGGAAACAUUUAACAAAACAAGUCAUUUAGAUGUUUGUUUCUAAAAUGUAUUGAGAGGGUAUUUUUGUAUGUGUUUAUCACUUCCUUUAAAAGAAUCCGUACACCCAUUAAACCCUUAAACCCCAAA